GCGCCGCCACAGCAGCAGCAGCCGCCGCCGCCGCAGCCACAGCCGCCGCCGGAGGGGGGCGCGGCGCGGGCCGGCGGCCCGGCGCGGCCCGUGAGCCUGCGGGAAGUCGUGCGCUACCUCGGGGGCAGCGGUGGUGCCGGCGGCCGCCUGACCCGUGGCCGCGUGCAGGGGCUGCUGGAGGAGGAGGCGGCGGCGCGGGGCCGCCUGGAGCGCACUCGCCUCGGAGCACUUGCAUUGCCCCGCGGGGACAGGCCCGGACGGGCACCGCCGUCCGCCAGCGCCCGCGCGUCGCGGAGCAAGAGAGGUGGAGAAGAGCGAGUGCUUGAGAAAGAAGAGGAAGAGGAAGAUGAAGAAGAUGAUGAUGAUGAUGAUGAUGUGUCUGAGGGCUCAGAAGUGCCCGAGAGUGACCGUCCUGCGGGUGCCCAGCACCACCAGGUUAAUGGCGAGAGGGGCCCUCAGACUGCCAAGGAGAGGGUCAAGGAGUGGACGCCCUGUGGACCCCAUCAGGGCCAGGAUGAAGUGCGGGGAUCUGUACCUGGCAGUGGCAGCCGCCAGGUGUUCUCCAUGGCCGCCAUGAAUAAGGAAGGGGGAUCAGCCUCUGUUGCCACCGGGCCAGAUUCCCCAUCCCCUGUGCCUUUGCCCCCAGGAAAACCAGCCCUACCUGGGGCCGACGGGACCCCCUUUGGCUGUCCUCCCGGACGCAAGGAGAAGCCGACUGACCCCGUGGAGUGGACGGUGAUGGACGUGGUGGAGUACUUCACGGAGGCAGGCUUCCCGGAGCAGGCCACAGCUUUCCAAGAACAGGAAAUCGACGGCAAGUCUUUGUUGCUCAUGCAACGCACAGACGUGCUCACCGGUCUGUCUAUCCGCUUGGGCCCCGCCCUGAAAAUCUAUGAGCAUCAUAUCAAGGUGCUUCAGCAAGGCCACUUUGAGGAUGAUGACCCGGAUGGCUUUUUGGGCUGAGCACCCAGCCUUGCCCUACCCCCACCCACUCCAACCCCCAUCUUGCCCAAGACCCCCAGAGUCCAUGAGCUGGAUUGGAUGGGGACACCCUCAGCCCUCAUAACAGACUCCAGUGAGGGGUGUGCCCUUCUCUGCUCUCUCUCCCCUUUGUCUCAAACACACCUGCUCCCCAACACAUGCCCUGCUCUACAGUAGUAGAGUAUGGGGGGGACUGGGCCUGCUCAUUCACCCCAAAAGGCCAACCCUCCCCUCAACCCAGGACAUUUUUGAAAAAAAAUAGGGGGGCCUCCCAUCUCCCCAAGAUUCAGUUCAGCCAGAUGUUUCUUAUAUAAAUGUUUUGUUCUGCCUGUUCAUUUUGGUGGGUGGUCUUUCCUUCCUCCCCCACCACCCAUGCCUGCUCCCAGCCUGCUGCCCCUGGCCUCCAGCCCCUGGGGAGCAUCUGGGGUGGGUCCCUGGGUCUUCUCUCCUCUCCCUUCUGUCAAUCAUUGCUCCAGCUGGCUGUAUUGCUUUUUAAUAUUGCACCGAAGGUUUUUUAAAUAAAAUUUUAAAAAAAGAAAAGGGG